GCCUUCCUGGUCGGCGAAUCGCUGAUGCGCCAGGCCGAGGUGACCGCCGCCACCCGGGCGCUGCUGGCCGGCAAGGCGGUGAUGGUCGACGUCGGCGCCAAGGCCGAGACCGAGCGCCGCGCCACCGCCCGCGGCGAGGUGGUGAUGCAGCCGGAGACGCUGCGCCUUAUCGAGUCGGGCGGCGUGCAGAAGGGCGACGUGCUCUCGGUCGCGCGCCUGGCCGGGAUCAUGGGGGCCAAGCGCACGCCGGAGCUGAUUCCGCUGUGCCACCCCCUGGCGCUCACCUCGGUCACGCUCGACCUGCGGCUGCGGCCCGAGCGCGACGCCGUGGAGAUCGAGGCGACCUGCAAGUUGACCGGGCGCACCGGCGUCGAGAUGGAGGCGCUGACCGCGGUGAGCGUGGCGGCGCUGACGGUCUACGACAUGUGCAAGGCGGUCGACCGCGGCAUGCGCAUCGACAACGUCCGGCUGGUGCACAAGACCGGCGGCAAGUCGGGCACCUACGAAGACGACGAAGCAGAGUGUUUCUUCGCGACCGCGCGGCCGCGCGACGCGAGGCCAGGCGAUCGCGAACCACCGCAGCGGAGCAGCGGCAUGAUUUCCGUCGAAGAGGCGCAGACGCGGGUCCUGGCCGCCUUCUCGCCCCUGCCGGCGGAGACCGUGGCGGUCAACCAGGCGCUCGGCCGCGUGCUGGCGGAGGACGUCACCGCGCGCGUCACCCAGCCGCCGGCCGACGUCAGCGCCAUGGACGGCUAUGCCGUGCGCGCCGAGGACCUGGCGGAGAUUCCGGCGCGGCUGCAGGUCGUCGGCCGGGUGCCCGCCGGCGGCCGCUACGCCGACCGCCUGGCGCCGGGCCAGGCGGUGCGCAUCUUCACCGGCGCGCCCCUGCCCGACGGCGCCGACACCAUCGUCAUUCAGGAGGACUGCACCGCGGAGGGCGAUGCCGUCGUGGUCCGCGCCGGCGCCGCGCGCGGCACCUACGUCCGCCCGGCCGGCCUCGACUUCCGCGCCGGCAGCCUGGGCGUGCCGGCCGGCCGCCCGGUCAGCGUACGCGAUCUCGGCCUGAUCGCGGCCAUGAACCGCCCCUGGGUCUCGGUGCGCCGGCGCCCGCGCGUGGCCGUGCUGGCGACCGGCGACGAGGUGGUGAUGCCGGGCGACCCGCUCGGGCCCAGCCAGAUCGUCUCCUCCAACGGCCUGGCGCUCUGCGCCCUGGUCGAGGCGUGCGGCGGCAGCGCGAUCAACCUGGGGAUCGCCGCCGAUUCGGCCGAGUCGCUGCAGCGUCUGGCGGCCGGCGCGGCCGGCGCCGACCUGCUGGUCACCACCGGCGGCGCCUCGGUCGGCGAGCACGACCUGAUUCGCUCGGUGCUCGGCGAGGCGGGGCUGGAGCUCGACUUCUGGAAGAUCGCCAUGCGGCCGGGCAAGCCGCUGAUGUUCGGCCGCCUGAAGGACACGCCGAUGCUGGGCCUGCCGGGCAAUCCCGUCUCCAGCCUGGUCUGCGGCCUGCUGUUCCUGCGGCCGAUGCUCGACCGCCUGCUCGGGCUGCAGCGCCCGGCGCACCCGCUGGAGCCGGCGCUGCUCGGUGCCGAUCUCGGCGCCAACGACCGGCGCCAGGACUACCUGCGGGCAAGCCUGGAGACCGACGCCGACGGCCGCCGCGUCGCCACCCCCUUCGGCCGGCAGGACAGCUCGAUGCUGGCCACGCUGACGCAGGCCGACGCCCUGAUCGUGCGGCCGCCGCACGCGCCGGCACUUGCCGCCGGACAGGUCGUCGCGCUGCUUCGAUUUCCGGCCGGCCUGGGGAGCAUCGACGUUCGGCAAGCUACGCGCUGGGAGGCAGCGGGUCCCUUGCGGGCGUCCAACAAAGGGCCGGACGAUAUGUUGACGCGGAAGCAACACGAGCUGCUGCUGUUCCUGCAUGCGCACCUGGGCGAGCACGGGGUCUCCCCUUCCUUCGACGAGAUGAAGGAGGCGCUGGGCCUGAAGUCGAAAUCUGGCAUCCAUCGGCUGAUCACCGGGCUGGAGGAGCGCGGCUUCAUCCGGCGCCUGCCGCAUCGCGCGCGCGCCAUCGAGGUGCUGCGCCUGCCCGAGGACAUGGCCGGCAAGUCGGGCUUCGCGCCGAACGUGAUCGAGGGCGGCCGCCGGGCUGGCCUGGCGGGCGCGCGGGUCGCCACCGACAGCGAGGCGGUCAGCCUGCCGCUCUACGGCCGCAUCGCCGCCGGGACCCCGAUCGAGGCGCUGCGCGACCACUCGAACUAUGUGGACGUGCCGGCCGACCUGCUCAGCCGCGGCGAGCACUACGCCCUGCAGGUCGAGGGCGAUUCCAUGGUCGAGGCCGGCAUCCUCGACGGCGACACCGUGGUGAUCGAGCGCAGCGACCAGGCGGAGAACGGCGCCAUCGUCGUCGCCCUGGUCGACGACGCCGAGGUCACGCUCAAGCGCUUCCGCCGGCGCGGCGGCGCCAUCGCGCUGGAGCCGGCCAACCGCAACUACGAGCCGCGGCUCUUCCCGCCCGACCGCGUCAAGGUCCAGGGCCGCCUGAUCGGCCUUCUGCGCCGCUACUGA